CUUAGGUCAAGAUUAGUCACAUCGGGACCUACACACUCCACAGUUUACAUUGUACACUACCUCAGUGCAAGGGAAGUAUAUAUUUACAAAGUGAAAAUGGGUUCUGUUAUAAAUAAUUUAUUAGGACUGAAAGACCCAUCUCUUGUGGCUAAUUUUCAGAAAUAUUGUCAAAUUGAAAUUUUACCAGGAACUGAGGAAAAGGAUUCUGAGUCUGACUACCUGUCAUCCUCAUCUCAUGUGACCUAUGGAGAUUUACACCAAAGACUUACUAAAACCAAUGGGUUUGUUCAGAAUAAUAGCAAUGGUGUCAUUAACAACGAACACUGUAGUCAAAAUGGGUCUAUACACUCAAAUAAUGUUGACCACAUGGAAAAUGUGCAAAAAGACUGUACACAAUCCGAGAAUAAAUCAGAGACCAAGUAUAUUGUGCAUAGCAAAUUUCUAUAUUGGACUUUUCGAUUGGGAGCUGGAUUUGGGAAUGAAUUCUUUUAUUUGACAUUUUUCACAUUCUGCUUAUGGAAUCUCAACAGCUUAGUAAUGCGACAAAUGGUCAUUAUUUGGCAUGCUGGAAUGUAUUUAGGGCAAGCGGCAAAAGAUAUAAUUGAGUGGCCUCGUCCUUCUUCACCACCAUGUGCCAGGUUAGAGAAAAGGUACUUGGAAGAAUAUGGAAUGCCGUCAACCCAUGCCACUGUUGGGGUUAUAAUUCCCUUUGGACUAAUAAUUAUUGGCCAUAGACAUUAUGAGUUUGACUUGACCAUUCCUUUAAUAGUUGCAUUUUUUUGGGCAACAGUUUGUGGACUGAGCAGAAUUUAUUUGGGAAUGCAUUCAGUUUUGGAUGUCAUUGUUGGAGCAGCCAUUGGAAUAAUCCUGAUCCCACUCAUGUUACCCUAUGUUGAAGCCUUGGAUUAUUUUCAGAUUACCAGCAUGUAUAGCCCUCUGGUUGUGGUGGGAGGCGAAAUAUUUUUAUUGUACAUAUACCCAAAUUCAACAAUUUGGAACACAGCCAAGGGUGAUACUGCUACGGUGGUAGGCAUCGGAGCUGGUAUUGCUGUUGCAACAUGGUUUAACUAUCAGUUAGGUUUUACCAUCCCAUCAGAUGUGGCUAAGCCAUAUCAUAUACCAUCCCUAAUUACAUGUAUAUCAAUGAUACCUUUAGCUGAAGUAAGACAUCUAAUAGGUAUUCUAGUUCUAGUCAUUGUAAGGGCUGUUGCCAAGCCUAUCACUCACAAACUGUUUUGUCAAUAUUAUAAUGUUGAUAGCAAAGAUGAAGAAACACAGAGAAAAAUAGGAAUGGAAAAACCACAAAAGUUUGUUGCCUACUUUUGUGUGGGAUUCGCCGCCAUAUUUAUAGUCCCCAAUCUGUUGCGGCCUUUAGGAUUAAUGAGAAUGUCAUUUUUUACUGAAAUGUAAAUGUGUAUUGAAACAGUGCAAUCAAUUAGUUUGUAUUUUUAUUUUUUUAUUUGUAGACUAGCUGUUUAUAAAUAUAUUUGCAUUAAUUUUUUAAUUUUUUAAUGUUUUAUAAUUAUAUGAGGGCCCUGAUAUUAAUGCAUGAUUGUUGGACUAAUGUGACAAUCCUUGUAGGAUUUAUCGUACUCUGGAUUCAUUUGUUGUCGUGGAUCAAGUAAAAUUGGAUAUUUGAAUUGAUUUCAUGGUUUUGCUAAAGAAAAUUAACUUGGUGGUUCACGUUUACUCGCGAAAUCCACAAAAAACUGGUAUCCCAUGAAAAAUAAUGAAUCCACAGUAUUAGAUGUAAUGACAUGCACCUAUUGACACUUAAAAUCUGACAGAAGGGGUCCAUGUAAAAAUUUAUUUAAGAAAUUUUUCUCAUCUGCACCAGUUGUGGUUCAAACUUUUUAAGAGUUCAUUUAAUUUCAUAUAAUGAGGAUUAUGGCAAUAAUCAGACUCUUGUUACGAUUUUUCAUAAAUAUACUGUGGAAUUUUUUCUUGAGGACCAAUUUUAUGUGGACCGAGGAAAACUUGUAUUUUUCGUGGAUAUUUGAUUUCAUGGUUUUGCCAAAGUCUGCAUAUAUAAUUUUACCUAUAGAAAAUGUGUACUUCUUUGAUCAAUUAAAUUCGUAGUUCAGCCUUACCCACGAUUUCCGUGAAAAUUGGUAUCUCAGGAAUAAUAAUGAAUCCACAGUACUUGUAAUAGAAGUAUUUACACUUGUAUGCGAAUGUUGUCCGCCAUUACUUAAAAUCACACAAGUUCCCGUAAAAUUUGACAUCACAAUUUAAAAAAUCUGAUGUCAUAAUUAAAAAGUGAUUGUUGCUUGACGUCAGAAGGUUAUUAGGAGCAGAUCUAAGGUCAUUCAGAGACAAAAUUCAGCUAAAUACCAAAAGUUUAAAUAUGUUUAUUCAAAUGGAUAUUUUAUCAUUUUGAAAAAUUUGGGAAGAGCUAAUAAGGAGUUUACUAUGUUGAAAACACUUGAAUGGUGCAUGCCCACUGCCAGUAUAUACAUGUCAUGUUUUAAAAGGAUUUAUGAAAAGGAAAUUUUAAAUAUAUUUUAAUUAAUCAGGAUCAAAGAUUUCAUAUAAAGUAUCAGUUAAUGAUCCAUUGUACAUACGUUAUUUUACAUGUAUAUAUUCAACACAUGAGUAGGAGAGCAUUAAACACAUUUUACAAGAAUAUAUAAAGACUACAUUUUAAAUAUUUUUUAUCAUUUCAUGAUUUCUCCCAGUUUAAAAUGCAACCAAUAUAUCAUAAUAAUUAUGGUAUUUACUAUAAAGUCUCUGUGGUGAUGCUUUUAUAUGUUUUGCUUACAUGUAAAAAAAAGGGUCUGAAUGGUACAUAUUAACAGAAAAGAGAAUAUGGCCCCAAAAAUACAUAACAGAGAAAGAUUGGCAAAACAAUUAAGAAUAGAGAAUAAUGGGCUGCCAAAAUAUUACAAAUAGAGAAUAAUGGGCUGCCAAAAUAUUACAAAUAGAGAAUAAUGGGAUUCUAAGAUAUAAGGAAUAGAGAAUGAUGGACCAAAAAAAGACUUAAGACUACAGAAAAAUGGCCUAAAAAUCUAAAGAAUACAGAAUUGUAGACCUAUAGAGCCUCCAUCCAGACCCUCCUAAAGUAGAAUGAUAAUGGGAUACUUUGUAUAAUUAUAAGUAAUAUUUCAAAAAAGUACUGUAAGGAAAAAAAUUAAAUUGAAAUCCCAAAUUCAAAGAUCUCAUUUAAGAAAUUCCUGUUUUAACAUUACAACAACAAAGAGCAUAAAUAAAAAUAUUUAAAUUAGACAGAAAAAGGUUGUUUUCCUGGUAAUACUCAACAAGUUCAUGGUUACCUACUUGUAGGAUGAAUUGGAACAGUUAGGUGAUAUUAAUCAAUCUGAAAUUGUCUAGUUCAAGGACAGUUUAAAAAGUACUACCUGAACCUGAGAGUUUUGAUUCAUUUGUUGUAGUAUAACAAAAACUGUUAAAUAUCUUCCUGUAAUUUGAUAACGUUAUAUAAGACAGUUGGGUAAUAACUUUGUACGGGUAGUCCUUACAAUAAUUAGGCCAAAGUAGCUUGAUUUGAUAAUUCUUUCAACAAUAACAUAAAACUGUCAAAAACUGUGAAAAUUUUAUUAUUAAAAUCAUAAAGAAAUAAAUAUAUGUAUAAAACUGUCAUAAACUGUUAAAAAUUUUAUUAUUAAAAUUAAAAAGAAAUAGAUAUACAUGUAUAAAACUGUCAUAAACUGUUAAUUAAAAUUAAAACGGAGAUAUUAAUUAUUCAAAUAUUAUAAAUAAUAUAGGAACAUUUUAUGAAAGAUCUUUAGAUUACUUUCCGUCAGUUCUGAUAGCAAUGGAUAUUCACACAUCUCUAGAUCAAUGUUGGCUUAGAUUUUCUUCAAUUAAUGGGAUAUAUUGUUUCUCAUUUGUGUAUAAUACCAUAACUACAUGAAUUUAAUCACUUGCUAAAUCAGAAAUAAAUGUAGAACUAUCUGAACAUUUUUAAAUUGAUUUUAUGUUGCUUGUAUUUAUAAGAUUAUAUUCAACACAAUACAGUUUAAAUUGCAGAGUAAGAAAUUUAUUCUCCACAUGUAAUUGUAAGAUGUUUUUUUGAUUUUUUUGUGUUGUCCGGUUGCUGUCUAAUAGAUGUAUAGUAAAUUAUACAACUGGUUUACUUUUAUUCAUCUUGACACUAUGGUGCCAAUAUCUUGACACUAUGAUGCCAAUAUAUGUUAUUGAAAAUUAUUCAUUUAUCAUCCUUUACUAUAAUAUAAGGUAAAAUUGCCAAAAGACUCCCCUCCUAAAUUAUUCAAAUCUAUUAGGAGAUUGAUUUGUAAGUUUUUUUUAGAUAUAUGAUUAAAAAAUAUCCCAAAAUUUCAAGGAACUUUUUUAUUGGUUCUACCCAGGCCCAUAUUUGGGAUGCCUCUGAGGGGGUAAUUAGAGGUCAUGACACUCUGACUUUAAAAUAGUCCAAAUUUCAAUCUUUGCUUUGAUAGUAUUUUUUUACCCCCUUGCUUAGGGUAUGCUACAUAUACCCUAGGUAAGAAAAAAAAAACUUCAUAUUGAAUAUUCUUGUGUCAUAAACUUGAAUGUCACCUUAAAUUUUGAAAUUGAUUUUUGCACCUAAUGUACUGAUACAACUGAUGAUGUACCAUGGGCCGACUUUAUUAACCCAUUUCUGUUAUCAAAGCUAUAUCAACUUUGCACAUGGUGUCAUUAUUUAACUUAUUGAACUAUGAACCUUUGUAUUUAAAGCUUUGAUUUGCUAAGAUCAGGUGACAUUUUUAGGACAAUGAGCUCGGGUAUUUGUCUUACCUUUGACCUUUAGGUUACAUAACAUGACAUCAUAUUUUUCUGUUAUAUAUUGUUAUAGAUAAUAGGUCAAUGGAAAAGUACGAAAUAGGAAAUUUGAUUAAAUUUUUUUAACAAUUUUGAUUUGAUUAUUGGAAAAAUUCAUUCAUAAGUUCACUUGAUAAGACCUAUUAGAGAAAUGUUUUGUAUGUCCACAAUUCUUAGAUAUUCAUUAAAUAAUUAUGCAGUUAUGAUCUUCCGGUGAUUAUUUCUAUUGAUAAGCAUGUGUACAUGAAAUUAGGACCAUAUAUUUUUGUCUGAUAGAUAAGUGUCAUAAAAAAUGGACAAAAGAUUGUAUUUGACCAAUUAAUUAUUGAUAAAGAAGAGCCAGUGUAAAAAUAGUUGUCUGGUCAACUAAGACUGAUAUCUCUUAUUUAAGAUAUAAGCUCCUUAUAGAGAUUUUAUGUAUUGAGGCCAUGUGAAAUUAAUUCCAUGAUUUUUUAUCUAUCUUACAAAUGUUUUAAAAUUUUAAAGUUUGAUUAUUUUGCAAAUUGUAAGAACAAAUUUUUUUUUUGAAAUAUCCAUUAGAUACAAAAAGUGAAUAAUUGAAGGAUAUACAAUUUUUUGUUGUUGGGAUGACGGUUUGGAGGAAGGAUAAGUUCUUAUCAAUAAAUUUUAAAAGAAGGAAUUAUGAAAAAGACAUAAGUAGUGAACUGGAUUAUUGUUCCAUGAAAUUAUACAUGGAUUUAAGUCAUUAUUGAAUAGUUUUUAAUUCUUUGAAAUAACUUUGACCUGAGAACAAAUAACAAACAUAAUCUAUCAAAACAUAUACAUAUAUUAUAGAAUAUAUUGAUACAAAGUCUUUCAGUCAGCAAAUACUCAUUAUAGAUUCAGCAUUGACAUUUUCAUUUUAAACCAUGUCUAUUUAUAGUUUUCUUGAGACUUUUUUACAUAUGUUAAUUUUGCCAUACAAAACGUAAAAUUGAAAAGAGAAGAAUUUCAAUUUCAGCAAUUAUGUUAAUCGAUAGUUAACCAUGUCCUUAUAAAGGUGACACCACCAUGAUAAUAGGAGACUAGAGAGUUUUGGGAAGGAAAAGGGGGAGGGUGGACAAAAGCUUACUUUAUGGGAGGAUGUCUAUUGUCUAGCUGCAAAGGUUAUACCUGGUUAUUUUAAAUCAAAUCCAUUGUUUUCAAUUACAGGCCCAUGAAGAGCAUACAAGGUCCACAGGAAGACCUGUUACCCUACCUGUUCACAUUAUUUCAAAGCCUACCAGUUUUUGCUCUCUCUUCUAAAUACCAUGUACUUGGCAACAAAGUGGCUAAUUUUAAAGUCUUUGGUGUGACUCUGUAGGUUUGAAAACCACAGCCUACUUGCACUUAAGUUAAUCAGUCUGUCACAAAACCUAUGAAGCAGUUUGAAGUGAAAUCUGCCUUGUUUAAUUCUGCAUUUGUUGCCAGUAUUCCCAAGAAAAAUUGUUUGUUGUCAGUUUUACCAAGUUACAAUUUUUGUUGCCAGUAUUUCCAAGUUAAAUUGUUUGUUUCAAGUAUUUCCAAGUUAAAUUGUUUGUUUCAAGUAUUUCCCAGUUAAAUUGUUUGUUUCCAGUAUUUCCAAGUUAAAUUGUUUGUUUCCAGUAUUUCCAAGUUAAAUAUGCUGGUGAGGCAUUAAACCACUAUCAAUCAAUUAACUACAGUCAAACCUGUAUACAAAGUUUAUUCUCGGGACAAGAGAAAACUGACCUUGCAAGAGAGAUGACCUUUGGAUUGAGAUUUAAAUGGAUCGGUAUUACUACAGUGAGACAUGGAGAGGGUGACCCGACAAGUCAAGUCUUUGUCUAGAUAGAGGGGACCUUUAUAGCAGGUUUGAUUGUAUGUUAAACGAAAAUAAAGUGGAUUAAUCU